AUGUGUCUUUACUGGGGCAUUUACUACUGUGAUUGCGGCCACGUCCGAUUCCAACUGCACCGCUUCUGCCGCCGACUCUUCGCUCAGCUGCAGCGCAUCAACGAUCCCGAGCAGCGAGGGAAAUACCUGCUGCCUUUCGACCCGAACAUACCAGGCUGUGAGCCUAUUGCCGUCUUCCGAGACGACAAGCCAGAUGAGACACAGCCUAGUAAGGGGAAUGUAGUGCACUGGAGGUACAAUGUGUCAGAGCCUUGCCCUUCGUGCGAGGCUCAUUCCUUGCAUCGGAAACAGGACGAGAGCCAGAGAAAGCGUGGUUGA